CAUAAUUCAAUCCAUGAGUUCUCCUACCUAAUUCGUGUUCUUUAAAUCUUAAGAAUCAUGAGGGUUUUAGCAUAAAUCCCAAGCUGUAUUAUCGCGCAACAGAAAUAAUCAAGAUCACUACAUUAGAAUCAGAGCUUAGUGAAUCUUACUAGAAUUGUUGGAAUUUAAAGUCUCGAUUGAAUAAUUAGCGAAACCGAAGUAGAAUUGGCGCAGUGGCUGCUGCAAUGGCAGCUCUGAGGCUCACGAGGAGAUUCCAUGGAUUCAACCGCACCAGAUUACAUAGCAAUGCCGUUCUAUGCUCUUCUUAUGAUCCCCGCAGAGAUUUGUCAAGCUCUUCCGACGGAAUUGACGGCCGCGAUUCACGAUUGCCUGUCUUGAUCGUCGGCGCAGGACCAGUUGGCCUUGUUCUCUCCAUUCUCCUCACUAAAUUAGGGGUUAAAUGUGCAGUUUUGGAGAAAAGUUGUGGUUUCUCAAGACACCCUCAAGCUCAUUUCAUCAACAAUCGAUCCAUGGAGGUGUUUCGCAAAUUAAAUGGACUGGCUGAUGAGAUUUUGAGGCAUCAACCGCCUGUAGACUUAUGGAGGAAGUUUGUGUACUGCACUUCGCUCACCGGGCAAGUUCUUGGUUCAGUUGACCAUAUGCAACCUAAAGAUUUUGACAAGAUUGUGAGUCCAGUUUCUGUAGCCCACUUUUCUCAGUAUAAACUCACAAGGUUGCUAAUUGAACAGCUCAAGCACAUAGGGUUUCAUGUCAGAAGCGAUGUCUUGCUCAACUCUGACGACGUAAAGCUUGCAGAGCAGCAAAUAUGCUUGGGGCAUGAAUGCACUUCCAUCAACACAACUGAAAAUGGUGUAACCGUGACUGCUUCCAUAACAAGGGAAGGAAAGCAUGUAGAAAAAAACUUCCACUGUGAUUUUCUUAUCGGCACAGAUGGUGCAAGUAGUACAGUAAGAAAACUAGUUGGAAUAGGCAUGAAUGGCGAACAUGAUCUGCAAAAACUUAUCAGCAUACAUUUUACUAGUCAGGACCUUGGACAGUAUUUAAUGAAUGAAAGACCAGGCAUGCUGUUUUUUAUAUUCAACACUGAAGCCAUCGGCGUUCUUGUUGCUCAUGACCUGAUGCAAGGAGAAUUUGUGCUGCAGGUACCUUUUUAUCCUCCCCAACAAAGGUUUGAAGAUUUCAGCUCGAUGAUGUGUGAGAAAAUAAUUUUCAGUCUGGUUGGUCGAGAGCUUGCAGACGUCAAUGUCCUGGAUGUAAAGCCUUGGGUAAUGCAUGCCGAAGUUGCUCAGUCAUUCUUAGCUAGUAACAACAGGGUAAUACUCGCUGGUGACGCUGCUCAUCGCUUUCCCCCUGCUGGCGGCUUUGGAAUGAAUACCGGAAUUCAGGAUGCUCAUAAUCUUGCAUGGAAGUUGGCUUCUGUACUCAGGGGAAUAGCACCACCAUCAAUUCUUUCGACUUAUGAAACAGAGCGUAGGCAGAUUGCUCUCUUUAACACUGAACUUAGUGUUCAAAAUUUUAAAGCAGCAAUGGAAGUUCCUGCUGCUCUUGGUCUUGAUCCAAGUAUUGCUACUUCAGUACAUCGUACCAUAAAUCAAAAACUUGGUUCCAUCUUACCUUCUGAUCUGCAAAGGGCGAUAUUCAAUGGAAUAUUUAGCAUAGGCCGCAUGCAGCUCUCUGGUUUUAUUCUAAAUGAAAACAACCCGCUUGGAUCUUCAAGGCUUUCAAAACUAAGAGAGAUCUUUGAAGAAGGAAAAAGCCUGCAACUCCAGUUUCCUGCUGAAGACCUAGGGUUCAGGUAUUAUAAAGGGGCACUAGUUUCCGAUGGUGAUAGUUUUUCAAGCACGCAAGAAAAGCCAACUGGACGGAGGCGGGACUACGUUCCAUCCUCGGAUCCUGGAUCAAGGCUGCCCCAUAUGAACAUUCAGUUAUUGUCACAUUCAAAAGAGGAAACCUGCUCUACCCUGGACCUUGUAUCUGCAAACGAUGUCGAAUUCCUUCUUAUUAUAUCCGCAAUUGAAGAAUCGUAUCAACUAGCUCAGGCUGCAUUUAAGAUGGCUCAGGAAUUUCAACUCCCACUUAAGGUAUGCAUAAUGUGGCAAGACAAAGCAACAUAUGCAGUCCUUAGCAGCAGCGAAAGGCUACUUUCACCGUGGAAAAACUUCGUAGAUGUUGUGGAUGCUAAAACUUGUCCCGGUUUACCAUCGUGGUGGGAUCUCUGUCAGAUGACGAAUAGAGGAGCUAUUCUAGUGAGGCCAGACGAGCACGUAGCAUGGCGCACAAAGUCAGGGAUCGAGGGUGAUCCUGUUUCGGAGCUCAAGAAAGUUUUCUCAGCUAUACUGAGAUUAGAUUCAUGAUGCAAUUGGACAUGUAUGGAAAUAAGAGGCAAGGUUUAGGUUUAUAGAACCAAAUUUUUCUAUUUAUCUUUACAUCAGAUAUGUACCUUUAAGCUACCCAUUCUCUUAAAAAUAGAAAUAAAACACAACACAGACUUUUGUUUAUGAAUAAA